AUGGGGCCCUUCGAAGCCGAAGCAAACCACGACCAGGCAGCCAACGAAGAAACAGCUUUGAUAGCAAGCAACGAGCCGCAAUCAACAGCAUGGAAAGCUCCGCCAGGCUUCGUCUGGAUCGAGUCCGCCAUAAUGACCAACGUCUUCUUGUAUGGCUUCGACGGGACAAUCACAGCUGCAACAUAUGCCAUUAUCAGCUCGGAUUUCGACGCCGCGAACACCGCCUCGUGGAUCACAACGUCCUAUCUGAUCACGAGUACAGCCUUCCAGCCUUUGUACGGCCGAUUUUCAGACAUCUUCGGCAGACGUGCUUGCUUCUUUACCGCAACAAACACGUUCGCGUUGGGAUGUCUAGGCUGCGGUCUGGCAUCCAACGUCGCUUUAUUGAACGUGAUGCGUGCGCUGACUGGCUUCGGAGGCGGUGGACUGAUGACGAUGGCGACAAUUGUCAACUCGGAUAUGAUCCCUUUCCGACAACGCGGGAUGUACCAGGCUCUGCAGAAUGGGCUAUAUGGAUUUGGUGCCAUCUGUGGUGCGAGCUUUGGCGGGACAAUCGCUGACACGAUCGGCUGGAGAUGGUGCUUCCUGCUUCAGGUGCCCAUCUCAGUCACUGCUCUGCUCCUGGGAUGGCUGGUCAUCCGGAAUCCUCCGUCCACGACUGGAGUCGACCUUACGGGCGGUUUGAAGGACGCAUGGCAACACAUCGAUCUCGCGGGAGCCUUCCUGCUGGUCAGUGGACUUUCCAUCCAGCUUGUUGGACUAAGUCUAGGCGGCAAUGAGCUGCCAUGGAGUAACCCAUGGGUCAUCAUAUCUCUUGUCGGAAGCUUCGGACUCCUUGCCCUCUUCCUGGUAGUAGAAGCCAAGACCAGCGCAAUCCCGAUCAUACCUCUCAAGAUGUUACGAGGCCAAUUGCCGAUCUCUAUCCAGGUUGCAAAUGUCUGCGCGGGUCUUGCAGCAUAUGCCUAUCUCUUCAUGUUACCCUUGUAUUUCCAAGUCGUACUGAAGGAUUCGGCGACAAAGGCUGGCGCACGUCUCGCCAUCCCAUCCCUAGCCUUUCCUCUCGGCAGUUUCAUCUCCGGCAUAAUCAUGUCUCGCUGGGGGAGACUGAUCGGUCUGGUUCGAGCCGGCUCAAUGUGGAUGGCAUUCGGCAAUGCAUUGGUAGCGACAUUGGGAUUCCAUGAUCAAAGCUGGAAAUACUUUAUUUUCAUCUUUCCGGCCAACAUUGGACAAGGCAUCGUCUACCCUGCUAUCUUGUUCACGAGCUUGGCUGCGUUCGAUCAUGCCGAUCACGCAGUGACCGCUUCGACCGUCUACCUGAUCCGCUCAAUGGGAAGUGUCUACGGCGUGGCUAUCACAUCAGCCAUCUUGCAAAACACUCUCAGCGUUCGACUCCCAGAGGCUCUGAGUGAAAUACCAGACAAAUGGAGAUACAUCGAUGCGAUACGUCAUUCCGUGACUGCACUCAAAGACCUACCAGCCAAUGUUCAACUCACGGCCCGCUUGAUUUAUUACGACGGUAUCAGGUACUCUUUCAUGGCAUCAGCGAUCAUUGCGGCCAUCGGGACAGUGGUAUCGCUGUUGGUGAAAGGCCGAGGACUGCGAAGCACGAGCUCCAAAGGCAAGGAUGCGGAACCAGAAGUCUAG